AUGGUCAAUAUAUUUACACUCACGCUGACGUUAGUUAACUAUUGCGUCAUCGUUGCUGAUACCCAUGACUUUUAUCAGUUGACACCUGCAAAGAUCGGUUGUGAAGUUCAUGGUAUUGACAUUGGCCUACCGGUGUCCGAGAAAGUCAUAGCACAAAUAAAGAAAGACGUGACCGAGCAUCGUAUUCUCGUUUUCAGAAACCAGCACAAUAUUCCACCGGAGAGGCACGUGGAGAUCGGUCGUUGGUUUGGGGAACUGGAGUCGUCAAUGUUUUAUAAACAUCCCAAAUCGCCGUCACCGGAAAUAUUCCGAAUAUCAAAUGUGAAGUCGGAAGGAUCGAUCAAUAGAGGCCGAUUUGGUUGGCACAUUGACGGUUCCCACUUUAUGAAACCAGUCAGUCACACUUUGUAUCAAAUUGUGCACGUGCCAAAUGAAGGUGACACGGUGUAUAAUCCGUUAAAUGAGAUUGUACAGGGAUUAUCAACAGAACGCCUGGAUCGAUGGGAAAGAUUAUGGGUUCGUAGUAAUCCGCCGCCACAAGUUAUUCACCCGUUGAUAUAUUCACAUCCAGACACUGGAAAGAAGGUGAUAUGCAUCCAUCUAGGCACUACGGCUAGCUUUAUCUGGGAUAGAGGUACAAACAACGAAAGGGAAACUGGAUUUGAUGAAACUAAGGAGUUACUAGCUGAGAUAAAGCAUGAAUUCACGAAAAACCAGACUCUCCAGUAUUCCCAUAAGUGGGAAGUUGGAGAUUAUAUCAUAACGGACAACUUGUCUGUCGCACACGAGUCAGCGCCAUCCAGCCAAUACUCGAUUGAACAAGUUGGUUUACGUGUUUUACAUCGAGUAACAGUCGCAGGGACAAAUAUGCCAACCAAGAAUUACGAUUUGCCGAUAUUAAAGCCAAAAGAUGAACUCUAAAAUACGCAAACUAGCACUUUUAUUUUUUAAUUUAUUUGAAUUAUUUCAUUGAGAAUUAUAUUGUGCAUUGUACUUAUGUG